UUAGCAGUCGGAGGCAACUUUUAGCCCUCCAUAUCCAGCAUUCCGUCCCGUUGUUGUGGACUGACUGGUGGUAAGAUAGUUAGCAGCCGUCCGGAGUUGCCAUGUGGUGGACGCUCGGUUACCUCGCUCUCGGAGUUUUAGCAGCGCAUUUAUGCAGACUGGUGUUUUUCAGUCCUGCUAAAAGACUCCAUGGUUCUUACGAUGCAAAAGGCUUCUACUUCCUCUACUGGUUGCGAUGGUUCCUGAUACUGUGCGAAGUCUGGGUGGAGCAGCUGCUCUCCCGCCCUCGAAUGAACAACUUCGACACCUCGAUGAGUUCGUACUACACUUGCGGCAUCGUGCCCACGCACUCCGAGCAGGAGCUCGAGAUGCCCAAGCCGCUUCUAACCGACAGACAUGAAGACUCAAUGCAGUUUUUUGGGAUGGACAAGGACGGCCGCGCCAUCUUGGCCAAGGUAGAGAGGCUGACGCAGGGGAGGGCAUCCGUGAUACUUGUGGUGGUCGACAGCAGUGGCAAUAUUUAUACCCUCCCCGGGCAGCCAGACACGAAUUACGUCAACGUGAAGGACUCCGGGUGGAAAGCUGGAGGACUCAUGCUCGAAUGCGUCCAGCCCAUGAGAUGCUGGAGACUCAAGUUCAACGGCCUCUUGAGGCGAGGGGUACGCAAAGAAUUCAUAACCGAACCUGAGAACGAAACUGACGGAGAGGAAAUCCUUCACGCCCGUCUGGACUUCCUUUGGCACUGCAUAAGGUCGCCGGUCGACGUCUGGAGGGACUCGAGCCCCAGUCUACUUGCCCAAGCCCUGGCUAACCACUGGCGACCUACCAAGGCCUUGUUCUCGUUGGUGGAAAGCAUGUCUUUGGAGCGGGACGAAUACGAGCAGUGGGGAGUAUUACAGGGGGAGAUACGUCUAGGCGGCCUGUCCUCGGAUGCUCCCCAAGAAUGGUACCUGAGAGGAUGCCGUCGACACAGAUGGGGUCUGACCAAAGCCAUCGCCAAUUUCCAUCGUUCGAUCGAAGUCUUCAGCUACUUUACGAAUGGAGAUGUUUGCUCUGUACAGGCGUGCUCCUAUGGCACCAAAAUGUCCCAUUACCAGUUGGGUUACGUGCAGAAGGCAAGAGGGACGUACAUCCCUAUCACGUCCGCAAACCUGAACCUCCCAAGUGUCGCUGAAGACGGUGUUCUACCUCACGAUCUUCUAGUCAAAUUCAGUGCUGGUGGCAAAGAUUAUGACCUGUGGCACAAUCUAGGUCAAGGUGUGACUUUGCAUUCGGGGGAUCCAUGGUCCUUGACCCAUAAGAUUAACUUCAACUCUGUCGCUGUCACUCAUACCCAUGGGUGGGGCAUCACCGUAUUCUCAGACAGAUUCAACGAUUUGUGUCCAGUGCCAGAAAGGGAGUGCCUGCCCCCUUUGAUAGAGCCACAGCUGGAGGUGGAUGAAACGGGUCCCUAUGUGGUGAACAUAUCUGAUUACCUGUGCCGCGCUACCUGUCUCACUGGUGGCAAGGGGGCUUCUUUGGGCCAACUGUCAUUGCUCAAGGACAUGUCCUGCCAUCCUUUUGAGGUUCCUGACGGGAUUGUGGUGACGGACAGCGCGUGGCGGAGGCAACUUCGUAGGUACUCGGAACUUCAGCAGGGUGUCAGAGUACUAGAACAGGCUGUUGGAUCUUCUAUUCAACAGCAAAUAAAAGACGCUUGUAACAGGGCCGUUGAAUUGUUCAAGAACACCCUUAUUUGCUCAGAAAUACAAGAAGCUUUGAAGAAUUCGCUGGAGGACGAAUUUGAAGAAGGAUUGAAAGGGCGUAGGUUUGCCGUGAGGUCCUCAGGAUGCUCAGAGGAUAGCGAUGAGACCUCUGCCGCAGGUCAGAAUGAAACCUUUCUGGGUGUGGAAGGCCUCGAUAACAUCCUGAAGGCGAUUGCUAAGUGUUGGGCCUCGCAAUUUACCUUCCAGAGCGUCGAAUAUCGAAGGCAGAGAGGACAGGCGGUGAACGGCGGGAUGGGCGUGGUAGUUCAGGAGAUGGUCCCAGCAGACGUUGCAGGCGUCAUUUUCACGGUAGACCCCGUGACAGGGAACCCGGCCAAUGUCACCAUCACAGCCAACUAUGGUCUCGGUGAAAGUGUAGUAUCUGCCUCGUCUGACCCCGAUACAGUAGUUGUCCACAGAACGUGGAGGGACGAUCUCUCCGUUGCAACAACCACCAGAGGAGAGAAGAAGACCAAGUGUGUCGUGGACGAAAGUGGAGGGACGACGGAAGUGCCUGUAGAGGAGAAAGACAGAGAACAGGUGUGUCUUUCGAACGAAAAAGCUCUCCGUCUCGCCGAAAUCGCCCUCUAUUUGCAGGAAGCGUACGGUUCCCCGAGAGACAUCGAAUUUGCUCUCGUCGAAGAUACUGUGUACCUUCUCCAAGCGCGUCCAGUCACCAAUCUCGAUACAUGGACAGAUUUUGAGUUGAUCCAUGAGCAAGAUACCGGAUUACCCACAGACCAUGAGCUGCUUACAAAAGCCAAUGUAGGGGAAGUGCUGAACGGAGCCGUUUCGCCUCUCACCAGCUCCGUGGUGAUUCCCACCUUGGAGAUUCCCUUCCAGCAGAACAUUCUCUUCGAAUCGUUCAAAUACGAUCCUCACAACAUCCGCCUUUGUCCCAGGAUCGGCAUGCACAUAUUUCUUAAUAUGCUCGAUACCAUGUACAGAAUCCACACCCGGGAUAAGAAUUUGGGUUUGGAAGCAGGGGACAUAGCAGUUCACGGACGUCCCGUCAUAACCCAAGAGUUUAAGCAGAGAGGAAUCGAACGCUUUGGAUAUUCAAAUAAUUUCUAUAAUAUGCUCCGGAUGCUGUAUAUGUUGUAUCUAAAAUUUGUAAGUCGUGGUCGCAUUGAGACAACUAAAGAGCAUUGUAGUCGUCCUGAGAUGGGUCAAGACAGAGCGGUUUCAGCUGAAAUUCUGUAUUCAGAGAUCACAAGACGUCUUCCAGAUUUGCUGAUGGUCAGUGAAACUCACAUGCAUACGAGCAUGUUCAGCUCUUUUUCUCUGUCAGUCUCCUUUAUGAUGUUAGCAAAUGGACAAGAAGGAUUCUGUGAGGAAAAUUACGAAGAUAUGGCCGCACUCUUAUCGUCGUGCAGUGUUGUAGAAUCUGCAGAUGUUCCUUCGGCUUUAAAGCACGUGGCUCAAGUGAUAGCCGAGAAUGAGGAGGCUAAUGACUUCCUCAGCAUGACUCCUGAAGAAGGAAAGGUCUGGCUAGAAAGUCACCCGGGGCUGGUGGGGAUGGCAUACAGGACUUUUCUCUCCAAACAUGGGCAUCGCUGCUUAAAAGAGCUCGAUUUGGUGUCACAUUCCUGGAGUAUGGAUCCUCACCCUCUUGUCGAAAGUUUGCAGACUAUGGUUCGAUACCCAACUCCCAACAAAGCUUCCAGGAAUUUCAUUUCUGUGGAGGAAGCAGUGAGAGACCUUAAAUCGCCAGUCUCGAAUGGCAUCAAGAGAGGACUGAAGUUCUUAUUGCCAAUGUGUAGAGAAGCUGUGGCGAACAGGGAGACAACGAAGUCCCAGCUAGUGAAAAUAGUUGAUAGCUUCAGGAAGGCAUACUUAAAACUCGGGCAGAUGAUGACUGGCGAAGGAAGGUUACCUGAAGCCGAUCUGAUCUUCUUCUUGACACAUCCAGAAAUAGGUCGUCUAGUUAAAGAUCGUUCUCCUUUGCUUGUUUCAAAGGCUAUUCGGCGAAGGAGGCUGCGAGAAAAAUUAGAAAAUCUGAAAUUCCCUGAUAUAGUAUCUUCUGGCAUCCCCAAACCAAUUAGCGAGCCUGAACAAAUUUGGUCCAGUGCUGAGGGAGAGGAUUUGGUCCUAACUGGAACUGCUGUGUGCCAAGGAAUUGUCAAAGGUACAGCCAGAGUUGUCACCAACAUCGCGGAUGCCACAACUAUACAGCGUGGAGACAUCUUGGUGACAAGAAGUACAGAUGUUGGUUGGACGCCAUAUUUUCCUCUUCUGGCAGGAGUUGUCACAGAGAUUGGAGGACUAAUUUCGCAUGGUGCUGUGGUUGCCCGAGAAUAUGGCCUCCCUUGCAUUGUUGGAGUGGCUGCUGCUACCUACUCAUUCAACUCGGGAGACACUGUUGUGCUUAAUGCAACCAGGGGAACCAUCACAAGAAUCGGUGAAAAGAAUGCAGAAUCAAAUGGAACCAGCUGAGGACAGAGCCGCACUUAUUGUUUUUUGCUCACUUUAUUUUCAUAAUUUCAUUUCAUUCAUUCAGUUGAAAAUAGUGCUUGGUCAUUAUUUUUUUGUUCCAUUACUUCUUUUUAUUUUAAAACAAAGAAGGGUAUGUGAAGUUUCGUAAAUUGUUUAAGAACAUUUUUGUGUAAACUAUAAGAUUCCUGUUUAAGUAUGAGAAGGGAAUGUUAUUGGAAAUAUAGAAAGGUAAGCAGUAUACUUACUCAAAAUUAUUCAGAAGAAAAGUUAUCCAGCUUAUCAGAAGCUGUUUACCGGUUAUUGCAUGUUUAGAAAUUGUUUUGAAAUGUACUACAUUGUGAUUUCAACAUAAUAGUAUUUGCAUUUGCAUUUGCUUCUUUGUAAAAAACAACCUUCAAGCUCUUAGGUCAAGUAUAAAAAAUGAGCAUCAUUAAUGACCACCCUUCGGUAAGUUCAAUUUUUCUACUUCAGGGUUUAUGGUAAAGUCUAAAAUUGGUCUUGAACUAAAAAAACAUUUCAUAAUUAGUUUACCUUAGGAAUGAUCGUGAUUUAGUUGGUCAGUAAUCAAGUUGAUUAUGUUUUACUUGUCUUUAAUAGAGGGUUACAUAGCGAACUUUUGUCUGUGAAUAGUGUAAAAAGUCCUGUAAUGAUUUUUGUUAUGUAUAUAAGUACUGUAAAAUACAAUUAAAGAUAUAACGUUACCCAUA